GCUUUAAACAGAGUAACAUCAACAUGUCUUUUGAAAGAACUGAUAUCUACAGUGCCCAGGUGUUGCCUGGUGAAGAGCCACAAGACAACUCCUUCAAUGAAGUCACCAAGGCAUUCAGGUCCUUCAUCUUGGAGUUCAGAUUAGACACCCAAUUCAUCUAUCGUGAUCAAUUGAGAGAAAACUUAUUGAUUAACAACUACUUCUUGAAAGUCGAUACAGAACAUUUGAUUGGAUUCAACGAAGAAUUGAACAAGAAGUUGACCGAUGAUCCUACGGAAAUGAUCCCGUUGUUUGAAAACGCCAUUACGGACAUCGCCAAGCGUAUCGCCUAUUUAUCCCAAGACGAAGUUCCACAGCAUUUCCCAAACUGUCAAUUGAUCUUAUACUCCAACGCUAACAAGAUCUCAUUGAGAAACUUGGACUCGGAACAUAUUUCCAAAAUUGUUAGAGUUAGCGGGAUUGUUAUUUCGGCCUCGGUGUUGUCUUCUCGUGCUACCCAAGUUCAAUUAAUCUGUCGUACUUGUAAGCACACCAUGAAAAUGAAUGUUAAGUCCGGAUUUGGCCAAAUUCAAGUACCUAAAUGCCAAUCUCCACAUAACGCCGAUCCUAACUCAACCCAAGAGAAGUGUCCACCUGACUCUUACGUGAUUGCCCAUGACAAAUCUCACUUUGUUGAUCAACAAGUGUUGAAAUUGCAAGAGUCUCCAGAUAUGGUUCCUGUAGGAGAAAUGCCAAGACACAUCUUGCUACAAGCCGAUAGAUACUUGACUAACCAAGUUGUUCCCGGUACCAGAGUUACCAUCAUUGGUAUUUAUUCCAUUUACCAAUCCAAACAACGUGCUGGUGGUAGCAGUAGCACUGUUGCUAUUCGUAAUCCUUACUUGAAAGUAUUGGGAUACCAAACCGACAUUGAUAAUGGUAUUCACGGACAAGGCAUCACUUUCAGUGAAGAGGAAGAAGAAGAGUUUUUGAAAUUGUCAAGAUUGCCUAAUUUGUAUGAAGUGUUUGCCAAUUCUAUCGCUCCUUCAAUUUACGGAAACCAAGAUAUCAAGAAAGCCAUCACUUGUUUGUUGAUGGGUGGUUCCAAGAAGAUCUUGCCCGAUGGAAUGAGAUUAAGAGGGGAUAUCAAUGUGUUGUUAUUGGGGGAUCCAGGUACUGCCAAAUCUCAAUUAUUGAAAUUCGUGGAAAAGAUCGCCCCAAUCUCCGUGUAUACCUCUGGUAAAGGAUCUUCUGCCGCUGGUUUAACCGCCUCGGUUCAAAGAGAUCCACAAACGAGAGAUUUCUAUUUGGAAGGUGGUGCUAUGGUGUUGGCUGAUGGAGGGGUUGUUUGUAUUGAUGAAUUCGACAAGAUGAGAGAUGAAGAUAGAGUAGCCAUCCACGAAGCUAUGGAACAACAAACCAUUUCUAUUGCCAAAGCUGGUAUCACUACUAUUUUAAACUCGAGAACUUCGGUUUUGGCUGCUGCUAAUCCUAUUUUCGGGAGAUACGACGAGUUCAAAAGUCCUGGUGAAAACAUCGAUUUCCAAUCCACAAUUUUAUCGAGAUUUGAUAUGAUUUUCAUUGUCAAGGAUGAUCAUAACGAAAGCAGAGAUAUUUCCAUUGCUCAACAUGUGAUGAAUGUUCAUACUGGUGGUAAAACCCAAGAGCAACAACAAGAAGGAGAAAUACCUAUUGAGACCAUGAAGAGAUAUAUUCAAUAUGUCAAGUUGAGAUGUGCACCAAGAUUGAGUGCGGAAGCUUCUGAAAGAUUAAGUUCUCAUUUCGUGUCGAUCAGAAGAAAGUUACAACGUAAUGAAACUGAAAUGAAUGAACGUUCUUCUAUUCCAAUCACUGUCAGACAAUUGGAAGCUAUUAUUCGUAUUACCGAAUCAUUAGCCAAGAUAACGUUGUCGCCAGUUGCUACCGAGGAACACGUUGAAGAAGCAAUUAGAUUGUUUACUGCAUCUACCAUGGAUGCAGUUGAUCAAGGUGUUGGUGCUGGAGGAUUCGGUGAUCCUGCUCUCAACACUGAGAUCAAGAAGGUUGAGCAAGAAUUACAAAGAAGAUUACCCGUAGGAUUCUCGGCUUCUUACAACAGAUUAAGACGAGAAUUUGUUGAUUCGGGAAAGACAAGUGUUGCUGCUUUGGAUAAGGCACUUUACAUCAUGCAAAGACAUGAGCGGAUCAGAUUCAGACACCAAGGGCAGAACGUCUUGCGUAUUGCCAUAUAGGGUUGUUUCCAGUCUUCUUGUUUACUUCUUCACUUGUAUAAUUUUUUAAUAUAGAUAUUUGUUUAUUAAUACUUACGCC